CGCUCACGCGCGCGGCACACACGAGGGCACGCACGCAUACACCACGACGCCGACUAACUAGUACGCACAUGACGGGCCACGGACAGCAGCGCCUCUAACACUUUGUCCGCCUUUAGCCAUUCGUCCAGCAUGGACAUCGACGACAUCCUCGCCGACGUGACACGCGCCGCCGCGCCGCGCGAGGCCGCGGACCUGCAGGAGCUUACUCGACUGUGGGUCGCGGAGCGAGUUGCGCCUGAGGUACUGCCGUACCCGGAGGGGCUGAUGGAGAGUGUGCUUGCGCGGGUGCGGGCUCAGAUCGAGCUCGUCGAAGAGCAGACGGGCAACAUGGACCCCAAGACAAAUUUCCGCCUCAUCCUGUACCAGACGGAACUGGAGCGGUUCAAGUUCCUGGUGCGCUCGUUCCUGCGCGCCAGGAUCGCAAAGAUAGACAAGUACCCGCUCCACAUCCUCGCCACCGCGCCCGCCGGCACCCUUUCCGCCAGCGAGUCGCAGUACCUGCACGCGCACCAGGCCCUCCUCUCCUCCCACUACGCCGCCUCCUUCCUGUCGCAGUUCCCGGCGCAGCUGCAGCGCCUCGACGACAAGGCCGGCGGCAUCAGCAUGGUUGACGCCCCCGACCUCGACGCCGCCGUCUUCUGUCGCGUCUUGAGGGACGUGGGCGUCGUGAGCUGUGGCGGCGUCGAGCGCGAUACUAUGGCUGAUAUGAAGAGGGGCGAUGUUUUUGUUGUUCGGUGGAAGGUUAUAAGGGAACACGUGCUAGCGGGCGAUAUUGAGCUUAUUUGA